AAUACUAACAGUGGAGCGAGACGGGACGAGAGGAGACGCGAUCAUGCAUAAUGGAGAUGGAGAGAGAGGAGGAGACACCGGGACAGGCGCCCAGAUCAGGCCGAUGAUCAAUGAUGGGAGAAGUCUGUUUUAAACCUUGUCUUCGUUCGACCCGGCGAAUUCAAACCCCGACCUUAAAAUCCCUGAAAUCCACACCCCCAACUCUCUAAUCCCAGUUCUCUGCGCCCUUAAACCCGUUCCCAAACAGGGACUCGCUGAUGUGUGACCAGGAUUGCUGAUUGGGCUCUGGUCGUGGGUCCAACUAGUUCAGGCACGGGGAUAACUGGCUGAGCCGGACCAGGUCGCCUCUCAGCUGCUCUGUUCGCCCGCUCAUCUCCCUUCUCCCCUGACGCAUCAACUUCUCCUUGGCGGCGGCGAUGACGAACGGCGGAUGAUCGCAGCGACCUCCGACUAGCACUGCUGCAGAAAAAGAGCAGGAUUUCGUCAUUGAAAACAUGGAUCCAGCAGAAGUUUUGAAUGUCAGAUUCCACUUUGGGGGCGAGUUCAUACGGAUUGGUCCAUCGCUUGAUUAUGUGGGUGGAGAGACUAGAAUGUCGGAGAUUGAGCGGGACAAGCUCUCGUUGCCGGAGCUGAAAGGCUUUUUAGGAGAUCAUAUGAUAGUGAAGGAGAGCAUGAAGUUCCAUUUUUUGUUGCCUGGCAGAGAGUUGAUAAAUGGAUUGCUUUUCUUAUUUGAUGAUGCUGGUUGCAUGAAGAUGUCUGACUGCAUUACAGAUGGAGGGGUUGCUGAAGUAUAUGUGGAGUAUAAUGGUGAGGAGGAUGAACCAGAGGAAGCAGAUAGUGGCUCUGAUUUUGAAGGAGAUGAGCUUGAGGACCUAAUGUGCAUUGGCAGUGAAGAAGAGCCUGAUUUAGUUAUCACUGCAGGAGAUGAGCAUGACAAUGGAAAUGAACAGAGUGGUGGUGCAAGAGGAGAGAUACUUGAACAUAUAGUUGUUCCUAACAAAGAUGGUGUGAUCACACAAGUGAUAAGCAGUCCUUUGAAGAAAAAUGUGAGAAGUGGUUGUGCCAGUCAGUGUUCUCAAGUUGUUAAUCCAACUCAAGCCUAUGAAACAGCAAAUGAUCUGUCCCAAGUUUCUGAAGUUGCACAAAAUGCUGCAGUAGUUGCACGGCAUGCUGCUGUAGUUCCACAAAAUGCUACUACAGUUUCUGAAAAUGCUGCAGUAGUUUCUGAAAAUACUGCAGAAGUUGGACAAGAUGUUGCAGAUUCAUCUGACUCAGAGGACAUUGAGUAUGUGCCACAUACAGAUGACAGUGGGGAAGAAUCAGAGGUAAUUGAGCUGAGAAAGCAUGCAAGAAAAUUUAGGAAAAAGAUGAGAGAUUCCAAGAGGUGGGCUGAUACAGAUUCAACUGGGGCAGUGCCUAUUGAGCUGGUCGCAAAUGUGGAGGAGACUGUACAUGAUAUGGAAUUUGAAUCAUCUGAUGAGGACUACUCAUAUGAUGAAGAUGAAGAUGGGAACAUGGUCAGGAGGAAGAGCAAGUAUAUUAGGUUUAACCCAGAAUCUGACAUUCCACACUUUAGUCUAGGAAUGGUUUUUAGAAGUAAGAAGCAAUUAACCAAAGCUAUAAAGAGGUAUGGACUUGCUACCAAAAGGAGCAUUUCUUUCUUAAAAUCUGAGGAGCAUAGAGUUAGAGCAAAGUGUGAUUGGCCUGGGUGUCCAUGGUUGUUGUAUGCAGCAAAAACAAGUAGGUGUCAUGCGCGUCGCCGUUCAACCUACACUACACAGAAGUCCAGUGUACCGACGACCCCGAUCUGAUCUGAUCUGAUCUGAUCGGACUCGAGCUGAUCUUCGAUCGGUAGCACGUCCGCUUCGGCCAUCCUUGUCCCUGCGAUUCCUGCGUCCCUAUCUCCCAUCUCUCCGCUGUAACGACGCAUGGCCCUGGCUGCUAUGCUGGGAAGAGUACAGCGGGCAAGCACCAUCACUAGUACCAGCUCAGUGCAACACUGUACCGCUUUGCGUGAUGCAUAAUUGCGCAGCUUAGCUUAGCUGCGGUGCAUCUGCAUCCUAGGUACUACUCCAGUAAUCAACCGAUUCGUGCGUACCCGCCCGGACACCCUGUUGCUGUCCCCGGAUCGAUCGCCUUUCUCCUUCCUCCCAUCCUUUGCCAACACAGCCACACACACACAUGCACAGAGCUCACGUUCCCUUCUCCUCUUUUAAGCACCCGCACUUUUCCCUCCCCUUUCCACCCCCGUCCUCACCUUCCUGCCCUCCAUCCUCGAGCCCGAGCCUUCUCGUUGCGUUGCGUGAUCAUGAUCUGAUCGGAGCCUUAGCUGCCGGCGAUCGGAAAUGGCGGGCGGUGCUAGGUGCAGAGCCCUGCUGCGCGGCUUCCUGUCGCUUUUCUUUGUCAUGUUCCUCCACAUUGGCCACGCCGGCUGCUGCUUCUCGCCGGGCUCUGCCUCGCAGCAGCACGAGGAAGACGACGCCGGCGCUGCCAGCAGCAGCAGCAGCAGCAAGAGGAGGAAGAUAUCGCCGCUCGCCUUCUCCCCGGCAGUGUCGUCCUCUACUGGUGUUGAAGAGAGGGCCGGCGCCAGGCGCAGGGCCAGGCACGUCUCGUCUCUCGCCACCAGUCUCCGGUGCUACAUACACCGCAUCUUCUCCUCCGCCGGGCGUAAGAAUUCUGUUCCAGGCGGAGAGGAGCAGGAUGAGGCCGUCACGACCACCUUGUCGUCGCCGCUUGCUCAGUCCGUGACGCAGCGUCAGGCGUCCGUGGUGCUCUCCACGCCGUCCUCGCCGUGCGCGUCGCCGUUCCUGUCCCCGAUGUCGCCGCAGUCCCUCAGCGUCACUCCGCUCGUGCCGUGCUCGCCGCUGGCGACCAGGCAGCUGUCCAGGUCGUUCGCCGCCCGCGGGGACCUGUUCCCUUGCAAGGUGUGCGGUGAGGUGCUGAGCAAGCCGCAGCAGCUGGAGCUCCACCAGGCGAUGAAGCACUCCCUCUCGGAGCUCACCCACCUCGACUCCAGCAUGAACAUCAUCCGCAUGAUCUUCCUCGCCGGGUGGGGGCUGUCCCCGCCAGGUGCCGGCGAUCCCCCGGCUGUCAGUCGCAUCCUCAGGAUCCACCACAACCCGCGCGCGCUCUCCCGCUUCGAGGAGUACCGGGACCUCGUCCGCUCCCGCGCCGCCCGCCGCUGCGCGGGCGCCAGCGGCGCGGUGGUGGAGGAGCGGUGCAUCGCGGACGGCAACGAGCGGCUGCGGUUCCACUGCGCCACCAUGCUCUGCUCCCUGGGCGCCGGCGUGUGCGGGAGCCCCUACUGCUGCACCUGCACCAUCCUCCGCCACGGGUUUGCGGGGAAGCAGGCGGACGUGGACGGCAUCGCCACCUACUCCUGCGGGUGGGCCGCGCACGCGUCGCUGCCCGACGAGGUGGAGCGCGAGUUCGCGUUCCUGCAGGUGCGCCGCGCCAUGCUGGUAUGCCGCGUCGUGGCGGGACGCGUCGUUCGCGGCGGCGACGGCGACGGCGACAAGGUGGCCUACGACUCCAUGGUGCCCGUGCCGCCGGGCGGCGGCGGACGAGGGGGAGAGGACGACGCCGAGCUGCUGGUGUUCAACCCCCGGGCCGUGCUCCCGUGCUUCGUCAUCAUGUACGGCAGCUAGCCGUGCGUGGCAUGUGCAUGGAGCACUAGUGUGUAUAGCCGUUUCCCGCUUUUGCUUGUCCCGUCAACUUCUUCGUUAGGUAGGUGGGUGUGUGCCAGUUAGUCGGUCACUCGAUCACCGCCGGCGAUCGUGAACAGGGGGCCGACCUCAGGUUUUGGCUGCAUGGCAUGGCAUGGCAGUGGCACUGCACAUUGGCUGCCCCCCGCUCUGUCGCUGGAUCCGAUCGACCACGUGGUACACCAUGAUGUCGCGUCGAGUCUGCCAUUCGCCCCGCCAUAUACUCAUACGCGAUAAGUUAUGUAGUGUGUGUGGUUGGCAUGCUUUUGUUGCUCUUACUGUUGUCCUCGGUCAUGCGUCAAGUGUCAACUGAACUACUAGUGGUAGUACUUCCUUCGUUUUUAUUGAGUUCGCAUAUUAGCUUUGGUCAAAGUCAAACUUUAUAAACUUUUAUCAAGUUUAUAAACAAAAAUAUUAUGAUAUACAAUAACAAAUCAACAACAUUAGAUUUAUUAUUGGAUGUACUUUCACCUCGAAUAGAUUUAUUAUGAUAAAUGUCUAUAUUGUUUUCUA